CUGAGCUGAAAUCAAGUGUCAGAUCCUUAACUGACUGACCCACCCAGCUGCCCCUUAAGAUUUGGUUUUUAAAUAAUCCCUUCACCCAACAUGGAACUGUAUCUUACAACGUGGAGAUUAAGAAUUGCAUGCUUUACUGACUGAGCCAGCCAAGUGCCCCUCAUGCCAAAUUUCUUUAAUGGAGUAGUCUCUAUCUCCUCAUUUCUCACCUCCUAAUUAGCCUAUUUCUCUUUUGGUAUCCAUUCCAUCAUUCCAUGGAAACUGUCCCUGCCAUGGUCCCUGAUCAUAUCCAUGUUGGUAAAUACAAUGGACAGCUUUUCAUUACUUCCCUUACUUGACCUCUCAGCAACUUUUGGUGUUGUCUACCAUUUCCUUUUUCUAAAAAUAGUUUAAUUUUUGACUUAUGUGUCAUUAAAUGUUCCUACUUUUUCUCUGUCCUUUUGUUGGUAUGUAGUUUUUCACUUUCCUUUGCAGGCUAAUCUUCUACUUGGCUGCCAGAUGUUUCAGUUCUUCAAUUUUUUAGUCCUGAAACCCUUUUUUUCUCUGUACAAAUUUUUCUUGGGCAAGCUCAUCCAAUGUCCAUAGUUUUCCAUCUAUACCCUCAUCAUUUUUGUAAUUAUAUUUGUAAAAUAUACUAUUUCUGAGUCUUUGUUCAGUUGUCUUCUAGACCAAUACUAAAACUUUGUAAGGAAGUUUUUAAAAUAUCAUAUGUAAAGCUUAGUGCUGUUGUAAAUAUAAUAAAAAGAAAUUACUAGGAAAAUAAAUUUAAAAAUAGAAAUUUUUAUUAGAUUCAACAGACAUGUGAUUAGUCUGUCCAAUUGUAAUAAAAGCUUCUAAGUAAACCCUUGUUUUCUGUAUUUAUCCUUUCAUGAACUGGUAACAAAUAGUUUGCUGAUCACACUUUGUAUAGCAUUGCGCUAUACCUCUUCUCUUGGAUUUUUCAAAGGUACUUAAAGACUGACCUCAUAAACGCAUAUUUUCACAACAAAACAAACUCAGGACCUGUUCAAUUUUCCAUUGUAAAAUUCAGAAUCCUAGGGGUCAUCCAUGACAUCUCUUUCACAGAUCUCACAUAUCCAGUCCACUACCAAGUUCUGUUUGUCACCUACAUUCCUCCUCUUUAUUACCACUGUUUCUACCUUGAUCUCAAACACCAUCAUCUGUCACUUGGACUACUGCACUAGCCACUCCCCAUUUUUUUCCCCCACUGUGCAGCCAGAAUGAUCUUUAAAAAUGAACAUCUGGUCAUGAGCUUGCUUUUCACCCCUAAGUGAUCUUCAGUUGCUGUCAGGAGCCCAGCAGCUUCCUAUCAGCCUACUUCCCUGGGAGGUCUUGACCUUCCUUACAUGGCCCCUUCUUGUCUCCUGCCAUUCUGCGUGUACUCAGGUAUAUAAUUCUUCCUUCUGUCCAGUACUUUUCUGUACAAGCUGUUCUCUUUGUCAGGAAUUCUCUUUAUUCCCUCUUCAUUUAGUUAAUUCCUCUUCUUCCUUCAGAUCUGAAUUUCAACAUUAUUUCCUUGGAGAAGCAUUCUCUGGUUCUUCCCAAUUAGAUUCCACUUUAUAGGCUCUCCUGGCCCUCUUGGUCAUUCUUUCAUUGUAUUAAUCUUAGUUUACAACUACAGAAUUAUUCAGUGAUUGUUUAAUAACUCCUUCAUCCUAUUAGAUCAUAAGCUCUGAGAGGCCAAGGACUGUCUGCUUUUGUUCACUUUGUAUUCCUAGUGCCUAACGUAUUAUCUGCCAUGUUGUAGGCACAUAGCAAAUGUUUGCUGAAAGAACAAAUGAAGAGUGGAUGGUUGUUUGAAAUGACCUUUACUGUCUCGUUAAUUUGGCACAUAAAGUGCUCAAUAACGUAUAGUUGAUAGGGAAAGUGGAUGUUGAGGUAUAUUUUUAAAGUAUGGUAUUGGAGGAAUGAGGACUGUAAGAGAAUGUGUGGAGAUGUAUUAGGAAAUAAGGCCAGUGAAUGAGAGUUUGAACAUGAUCUUCAUUGGUGAUAAGGAGGAAGUGGAGUAUUUAGAGAAGCCUGUGAUUUGUCAAAUUCUGGUGCAUGGUGAAUGUGCAGGAUAGGAUGGAAGGAAGAAGAAAACCUAUAGUCUUGCCAAGGACUGGAUAUACCUGGGAGGUAAUUUUCAAGAGGAAAGGGUAAUUCGUUGAGGUUUUGAAAGACAGAAGUGGCAGAAAAGUGAACAUUAUUAAGUCAUCAAAAGGAUUCUUUGGUGUUAUUGAUGAGUAAACUAUGUAAGAGACCUGAUGCUCGUAGGAAAGUUGAAUUUCUUUUCAGCCUCAUAUUGUGAAAUAUGCUUAUUUUAUAAAGUGUUCAGUACUGUUAAUCUUAGCUCUGUGAGAUGCUUUGUUUUUCUCAGCUGAUGACAGAAAAUAAGUGUGUUGUGUAGUUAUUUUGUAGUGGCAAAAAAUAAUUAGAUUAGAUACACCUCAUGAUUUUAUUUUUAUUGACUUAGUUCCUUUUAAACUCAAAGUAUCCUUUUUUUGAUUAUUAAGGAACACCAAUAUUAGAGAACUAUGAUUAUGGUCUAUGUGUCUAAUAAUAAAGUUUGUAACAAAGUUUGCGACAAGCUAAAAUUUCGUAAGUGUUUCAUUGAUUUUGUGCUGAAAAGUAAAAUGCUGUGUAGCCAUCUAGUAUGUUCACUGAUUUCAUGGAUGUUUAUAAUGCGGCUGCUAUAUUUGGCACUCCUAGGCAUUGGAGAUACAAAGAUGAAUUUGACCCAAUUCCUGCCAAAGCAGCACAGGGUUUAGGAGAAAGUCAGAAUGAAAAACAAAUGUAUAUUAUGAUGAUAAAUGCUAAUAUCUGACAGCAUAGGGUGCUGAAAGAAUCAAAAGAAGGACCAAAUGUGUACUUGAGGAGGUGGUUGGGUGGGGGUGGACAUAUCAGCACAUCAUUUUCAGAAGUGUCGUCAGCUGGGCUGAAUUCUGGUCCCUGUCCUUGGCCAAAGUUGAAAACACAGAAUGGUCAUUUUGGUCAGUGUGUACUUGCCUAAGGAAUAAGACCUGUGUUCCUAUUUUAUCCAUAUGUUCCUGGGAUUAGAAAAGAAAACUCUUGAAUUGCUAUCAUGUGGAUCAGAAGUGGAAAUGUAACUUAACCCUCCAGAACCAAAUGCCAGUUCCCCAGCUCAAGCCUUUGAAUAUUAGUAGCCAACUCGACUUAGAAUCUGUAGUACAAAGGUCGCUAUGCAAGUAUGAAAAGCCUUGUUGCAGAUGACAGAGUUCCUAAAACAUUCCAAAAUUCCCUUGUUCAACUUGGACUCAACACUAUGAAAUCUGCAAAUAUAUGUAUAGGUCGACCAGUGUUGCUUACCAGUUUGGAUGGAAAACAAGAGGUCUAUACGGCCUGGCCUGUGGCAGGAUUUCCUGGAGGCAAGAUUGGCCUGAGUGAAAUGGCGCAAAAGAAUGUGGGCGUGAGCGUUGGUGAUGCCAUUCAAGUCCAGCCUCUAUUGGGUGCUGUGCUUCAGGCUGAGGAAAUGGAUGUGACACUCAGUGACAAAAAUGUGGAUAUUAAUGAAGAACAACUGACUGGUUGUCUUCUGAGAAAACUAGAUGGCAAGAUUGUUUUACCAGGCAACUUUUUGUAUUGUACAUUCUAUGGACGACCAUGCAAGUUGCAAGUGUUGAGAGUGAAAGGGACAGAUGGCAUGAUAUUGAGAAGGCCUCAGAAUGACACUGAUGCUCAAGGAAUGGCCUGUGAACAGUCCAACAUAGACACCAGUACCCUGGAUGUAGCCUUACAGCUGAGCCAGUUAGAUCUGGAAGAGCCUCGGGAUCCAACAUCAAGCAGUACUCCUUGCAAACCAGUAGAUGACAGAAUGAUAAAUAAAGCUAGUGACAUUUUUUCAGAUGUUACACAGAGUCCUAGGGACAACAGUGGACUUGAACUAGCAGAGAUCACAGGACUUAAAUGUAGUUUUGAAUUGGCCAAAGGAGGAAAUGAGCAACUUGUUAAUGAAGAGAGAUUGCUAAAGUCAGCCUAUGUGGGAACAAAGCACAACACUGAUACUUUUUAUUUUAUUUCUUCAACAACGAGAGUGAAUUUUACAAAGAUUUGUACAAAUUCAGAAGAGCAAGACAACCAAUUCAAAGUAACUUAUGACAUGAUAGGAGGCUUAAAUAGUCAGCUGAAAACAAUUAGAGAAAUUAUUGAAUUGCCUCUCAAGCAGCCUGAACUUUUCAAGAGUUACGGAAUUCCUCCACCUAGAGGAGUGUUACUCUAUGGCCCUCCAGGUACUGGGAAGACCAUGAUUGCUAGGGCUGUUGCUAAUGAAGUCGGAGCCUAUGUUUCUGUAAUUAAUGGUCCUGAAAUUAUAAGCAAAUUCUAUGGGGAGACAGAAGCAAGGCUACGUCAGAUAUUUGCUGAAGCCACUCUACGGCACCCAUCAAUUAUUUUUAUUGAUGAGCUGGAUGCACUUUGUCCUAAAAGAGAAGGGGCUCAGAAUGAAGUGGAAAAAAGAGUGGUAGCAUCACUGUUAACACUGAUGGAUGGUAUUGGUUCAGAAGGAAGUGAAGGACAAGUGUUGGUCCUUGGGGCCACAAAUCGCCCUCAUGCCUUAGAUGCUGCACUUCGAAGACCUGGACGAUUUGAUAAAGAGAUUGAGAUUGGAGUUCCUAAUGCUGAGGAUCGGCUAGAUAUCCUCCAGAAACUUCUUCGAACUGUACCCCAUUUGCUCACUGAAGCUGAGCUGCUACAGCUGGCAAAUAGUGCUCAUGGGUACGUUGGAGCAGACUUGAAAGCUUUGUGUAAUGAAGCAGGUCUCUAUGCCUUACGGAGAGUCUUGAAGAAACAGCCUAAUCUCUCUGAUAGCAAGAUGGCUGGGCUGGUGAAGAUUACUCUGAAUGAUUUCUUACAAGGGAUGAAUGACGUCAGGCCCAGUGCUAUGAGGGAAGUAGCAAUCGAUGUACCAAAUGUAUCCUGGUCAGAUAUAGGAGGACUGGAAAAUAUCAAACUAAAAUUGAAACAGGCUGUGGAAUGGCCUUUGAAACAUCCAGAGUCUUUCAUUCGAAUGGGUAUUCAACCACCUAAAGGAGUUCUUCUGUAUGGGCCACCUGGAUGCUCUAAAACAAUGAUUGCAAAGGCUUUAGCCAAUGAGAGUGGCCUGAAUUUCCUAGCUAUAAAGGGGCCUGAAUUAAUGAAUAAAUACGUUGGUGAAUCUGAAAGGGCUGUUAGAGAGAUCUUCCGAAAAGCGAGAGCAGUGGCUCCUUCCAUUAUUUUCUUUGAUGAACUUGAUGCCUUAGCAGUUGAAAGGGGCAGUUCUUCAGGUGCCGGGAAUGUAGCUGACCGUGUUCUGGCUCAGCUCUUAACGGAAAUGGAUGGUAUUGAACAGUUAAAGAACGUGACAAUUUUGGCCGCUACUAACCGCCCAGAUAGGAUAGACAAGGCUUUGAUGCGGCCUGGAAGAAUUGAUAGAAUCAUCUAUGUGCCGUUACCAGAUGCAGCAACAAGAAGGGAAAUAUUUAACCUGCAGUUUCAUUCUAUGCCAGUUGGUAAUGACGUUGAUCUGGCUGAACUCAUCCUCCAAACUGAUACAUAUUCAGGAGCAGAGUCAGUUCCUAGAAACUGUGCCAUAAAGGAGACCAUCACAGAACAGAUCAUUGUUGAAAGAAUUAUAUUUCCUUAUACAAACAAUAUUAUAAUGGAGGAUUGCCUUCCUGCCCAGAACUUGCCAUCAAAUAAAAAGAUUAUAGCUGUCUGUAGAGAGGCGGCUCUUCUGGCUCUGGAAGAAGACAUUCAAGCCAACCACAUUAUGAGAAGACAUUUUACUCAAGCCUUGAGCACUGUGACACCCAGAAUUCCUAAAUCAUUGAGACGUUUCUAUGAAGAGUAUCAGGAGAAGAGCGGGCUACAUACACUCUGAGAAAGUAUGCAUGUUCAGUAUGCUAAAAAUGCUUUCUAGAGAAAACUUGUUUCUUUUUAAAAUUUUGUCUUGAGAAUGUCCAAAAAAAACCUCUCAUAAGCAAAAUGUCUGAAAUUGAGAGGCUUCAGUGUUUAAAGACAUUUUAAAUCAUAUGGAUACAAUGAAAAUGUCCAUGAAAAUCUUUGGACACAAGUUUAAGUCAGUUUUAUCUGGAAAUGUGUGCUGUUUUAAAGAGCAAACUUCAGCUUUUUCAUUUUUGACCUAGUUUAUUCAUCUCAUGAAAUGCUUUCCUCACUCCAGAAUCUGUUUCACUGCAUUGCUAAAUGCCCAGCCUGUGAGCCUCAGUUUUAUACGAGAACAUAGAAAAUGCAUGUGGUUGGGCACCUAAGUGGUUCAGUCAUUUAAGUGUCCAUCUCUUGAUUUCAGCCCACAGUUUGUGAGUUCAAGUCCCACAUAGGGCUCUGCACUGCCAGCAUGGAGCCUGCUUGGGAUUCAUUAUCUCUCUCUCCCUCUCUCUCUCUCUCUCUCUCUCUCUCCCUCCCUCCCUCUCUCUCUUUCUCUCACUCUCCCCCCGCCACUUGCUCCUCUCUCUAAAUAAAUAAGUAAAAGAAAAUGCGUGUGGAUUAAUCCGUAGUGAGAAAUAUUUACAGACCAUUAUUUUUAAAGGCCAGCCAGUGGAAUAGACAAAUGCACAAACCAAACUUUUGUGGCCUUGUUUCUAGACAUGUAUUUGUUUUCAUUAUAAUUCACACCUACAUGUUUGCUUUGGCCUUCUUAAUCUCUACUUAUGACAAUAAAAAAAGAGAGAGAGAGAGAAUUGAGAGUUAUUUCAUGUAAUCCCCCUUGCCAAGUUUAAAAAAUUGGAAACGUCGGGGCGCUUGGGUGUCUCAGUCAGUUAAGUGUCUGACUUCAGCUCAGAUCGUGAUCUCACGGUUCGUGAUUUUGAACCCCAUGUCAGGCUGUGUGCUGACAGCUCAG